ACUCAGGCAACAUUCCAGCCAGCCUCAUCUGAAUUUUACAAGGCGGAGUUUGGGGUCCUUCUGUCUCUCUUUUCGCCGUACCCGCCAUCUUGUAGAGACUUGGGUAAUCAGGCAUCAUGACGAACACCAGAGGCAAGAGGAGGGGCACCCGCUAUAUGUUCAGCAGGCCAUUCCGCAAACAUGGCCCAAUCCCCCUGUCUACAUACAUGCGCAUCUACAAGAAGGGUGACAUUGUUGAUAUCAAGGGCACAGGUACAAUUCAGAAAGGAAUGCCUCAUAAGUGCUACCAUGGCAAAACAGGACGCAUCUACAACGUAACCCAGCAUGCUGUUGGCAUUAUUGUCAACAAGCAGGUCAAGGGCAGGAUCCUGGCCAAGAGGAUCAAUGUGCGUAUUGAGCAUGUGAAGCACUCAAAGAGCAGGGAUAGUUUCAUGCAGCGUGUCAAAGAUAAUGAGAAGAAGAAGGUUGAGGCCAAGCAGAAAGGCACCUGGGUGGAACUGAAGCGCCAGCCUGCUGGUCCCCGUGAGGCUCACUUUGUCAGCACCAAGAAAAAUGAGCCCCAGCUGCUGGAACCCAUCCCCUACGAGUUCAUGGCAUAAACUACUCAAAAUAAAGAUAUUUGUACACACA